CUCUCGCUCCCAUCACAAAGUUGAGUGGCAGAUCUAGAACAGGACCGCCAACCGCGCGUAACACUCUUUUACAAAAAAAGUAACAGCCAUUCCGAAGGGCCAGCUAGAAUAAAGCAUAAGACCAUCCGGUCUUCCAGCCGCUAGCAGAUUGCAAACGCUGCUAAAGCGAUCGGGUUUCACUCGUAGCUCCGUCAGUUCGUUGUGAUCUCGGAUUGUUUGUCGAGGGUAGAGUGUUCGUCUUGAUGCUGAUGGAAGGGAGUGAUAGUCGCUUGAUCCAUACGGCGCCGAUUUCGGUCAAUUCUGUACCGCUAAUGCACGGACAGCAGGCCCACGUGAACCAAGAGAUGAAACAAGGCGAAGAAUUAGACGGUCGCAAACAAGAUAUUGGUGAUAUUCUGCAACAAAUUAUGAGUAUCACCGAUCAGUCCCUCGAUGAAGCGCAAGCGAAGAAACAUGCCUUAAACUGCCAUCGAAUGAAGCCCGCCCUGUUCAACGUACUCUGCGAAAUCAAGGAAAAAACAGUUCUAAGCAUCCGAGGUUCACAAGAAGACGAGCCACCAGAUCCACAGCUGAUGCGCCUUGACAACAUGCUGCUUGCGGAAGGGGUUGCCGGCCCUGAAAAGGGUGGGGCUGCGGCAGCAGCGGCAGCCGCUGGUGUCCAUGAAAAUCAAGCUGAGCACUCGGAAUACAGAGCCAAGUUAAACCAGAUUCGACAGAUAUACCAUACAGAGCUUGAGAAAUAUGAGCAGGCUUGCAAUGAGUUCACAACUCAUGUCAUGAAUCUCUUGAGAGAACAAUCUCGCACACGGCCAAUCUCACCCAAAGAGAUAGAAAGAAUGGUGGGAAUAAUCCACCGCAAGUUCAGUGCCAUUCAGAUGCAACUCAAGCAAAGCACAUGUGAGGCUGUGAUGAUUCUCAGGUCACGUUUCCUGGAUGCAAGGAGAAAAAGAAGGAACUUCAGUAAACAGGCAACAGAGAUCUUGAAUGAGUAUUUCUACUCACACCUGAGUAACCCAUAUCCCAGUGAAGAAGCAAAGGAAGAGCUUGCAAGAAAAUGUAACAUCAGUGUCGCUCAGAUUUCCAAUUGGUUUGGAAACAAAAGAAUCCGCUACAAGAAGAAUAUUGGUAAAGCUCAGGAGGAGGCCAGUCUUUAUGCUGCUAAGGCAGCAGCGACACAGGGCAACCGCAGCACCCAGGGGGGGUCCCAGUCUGGGGGGAGUGGUCCAACCUCGGGGGGGUCUGCACCAUCGUCAACACCAGGUGGCUUUCCAAUGGGAGGUGGUAGCGGGCCUGGUAUGUCACCCACUUCGCAGCCCCAGAUGUCCAUGGGAUCCCAACAGCAGGAGAUGUACAUGGGCGGAGUUCAAAUGAAUGGCAACAUGGGAUCGGCGGAGUACCAGACAGGAUCUGCUGUGGGUGCAAAUGUACAAUCGCAGGUUCCAGGAUUGCGCCAUGUAAUCUCGCAGGCAGCGAGUGGGUUUGACCCCAACAUGCAGGGGGGGCAUGGUCAGCAACAGAUGUACCACGACCCUCAUCAUAUGCACCAGCAGAACAAACCAGACAGUAUCCGAGAACUCUUUGAUGAAACCAUUAACGAAUGGGCAGACAAUAAGGGUGGAGGCCAGGGUAGUGGAAGCAAGGGUGGCCAGGAUGCCAACCGAGAUUCUGAGACUUAACCAUGAGAGUGUAGUUAUUAAACAUCUACCCUGCCAUUAAGAGACCAAAUAUAUCAGAUUCAGAUACAUGGAAUCAGAAAAUAAGCUUAAGAGACCAAAUAUAUCAGAUUCAGAUACAUGGAAUCAGAAAAUAAGCUAGAUGCUGUAAAAAGUCACUAGAAACUACAGAGAUUUCUUAGAAAUAGCUAUUAUCAUAUGAGGGCUGGGCCGCCUUUCUAGCUAUUCAAUGAAAGAAAAAGUGAUAUAAAGAAAUAGAUAUAUGAUUUGUUGUUACAAAAAGCAAACUAAAAAAUCAUGCAAUUCAGACAUUGCAAAAGCUGAGUGUUCUUUCAGCAACUGAGUGUUACUACUUCUCCAGGCAAAGUUUGCAUGCAGCCAAAACAAAUUUUUGUUUGUUGCUUGGAAUACAUGCCUUUGUUUGUGUGGGGAUCUUAACUCUUCUUCAUUAUUUGAAAGUUUUAUGAGGUAGAGCUGGUACAACACUGAUUUUAGAACAAAUGCAAUUUUAGAUGCUUAUAAAUAAUUGUUAUCGUAGAUUCGAAAUGUAGCUGAAGUAAAUGCCAAAUUGAUGUGUGAAAAGGUACAAAUAUAUAUUUUACUAUAGAAAUUAUUAAAAAAAGAACUUAAUUUUAAAUUUUGUUAAAAACUAGAAGUAUUGUGUUUUACCAUAGUGUUUUUAAGCAGAUGUAAGUGUUGGUGCAAAUUCAACUAUAUUUGUGAUUAUAUGUAAAUUAAAAGAAUUAUGAAAACAA